AACGUUGGGAAAGAUUAUGAGUCAAGAGGGUUGCAAUUCUAAACACGUCACAUAGUGAUUUUGGUCAGAUAGCCCUAAGCCAUGGGGUCAGCUUUGUAAAGAUUACGUCUUAGACAAAGAUGGGCAGGAGGGAACUCAGAGGGUUCGGAUUUCAGGCUUACUAAGCCCGGCUGUUACCAUGUGUAGCCCGCGGUGGACAUGUCGGUGCGUUACGGCUAAGUACGGCUCUGUCACCACAAGUGUAGGAUGUGUGACCAGCGCAGAGCCAUGUCGCUGUCCCUACUGCUACAACUGUCUGUCAUCUUCACGUGCUACGUUUGCAGAGGAUGUCUUGGUUCAGACGCUUCUGCACGACUGCGAGACGACCUUCUGGAGAAUUACGACAAGGCACGACGGCCGGUGAAGAACGUGGACCACAACGUCACGGUGGCCUUCCAAGUGGCGCUUCGGCAAAUCUCUGAUCUGGACGAGAAAAAUCAAGUACUACAGACGUUCACAUGGGUCCGAGUGUACUGGAGGGACGAAUUUCUCUCCUGGAAUGAGUCAGAGUACGGCGGGGUCAACGAACUGCAGUUUUCACCGAGCGAGUUGUGGAUUCCAGAUAUAUACUUAUAUAACAAUGUUGACGCGGGCAGUGACGGCGGGCUUCACGCGAAGACCAACAUCAUCGUGUCCCCCAGCGGGGAUGUGAAAUGGUUGGCCCCUAUCGCCUACACCAGCUCCUGUAAGAUCGACAUCAGACUCUUCCCUUAUGACGACCAGAACUGUACCAUGGUCUUCGGCUCCUGGACUCACACAGGUAUCCAGGUAGACUUGCACCCGAGGGGCAACUCGGGGGACUUGUCAAGCUACGCCGAUAACGGAGAGUUUGAACUGAUGGGGAUGCCUGUGGAAAGAAAGGUUGUGUACUACCCGUGCUGUCCAGAACCGUAUCCCAACCUCCACGUCACCAUAUCCCUCCGCCGCAGGACCAUGUUCUACUUCUUCAACCUCCUGCUGCCGGGCAUCGUCCUGGAGGUCAUUAACCCCCUGGUGUUCUUCCUGCCUCCUGAUUCCGGAGAACGGAUCGGGUUCUGUAUGACCAUCCUGCUGGCCCUGGUGGUGUUUCUGCAGAUCGUGUCGGCGUCUAUGCCACCAACAUCCGAGGCCAUUCCACUCAUCGGUGAGUUCUACGCGGCGAGUAUUUUCAUCCUUGGCGUGACAGCUCUGCUGAACAUCCUGACUCUACACGUGUACUACCACGGCGCGGGGCGGAGACCCAUGUCCAACUUCAUCCGCAAAACCUUCCUGAAGUGGACAGCCAAGAUCCUGGGCAUGGGUGACCUGUCUCAGCCAGACUGUCCUGUAGGGUCGUCAGAGUGUCAUCACUACUAUGGGCCGGUUCCGUCAGGAAAAUCCGGAAACCGGAUCUCCUGCGACAGCGACGCCGACGUCACCUGCCGUAUUCCGGACUCCCCCCGGGCCGGACAGGACCUCCUCAAGGCCGUCAUGGAGACCAAGACCGAGCGGAGCUCCAAGGCGUACGGCCAGCAUCUUGGAGAAAUCUUACGGUCCGUCAAGUACCUGAUCGGAGACUUUCAGGACAGGAAGACGACUGGAAACAGGGAGAAUGAGUGGAAGACCCUGGGACUGGUGCUGGACCGGUUCCUCAUGUUCUUUACUAUCGUCUACACCAUCGUGGCUAAUGUCGUUCUGCUGUUGCCAGCAUUCAACCUCUAGUAUUAGGCUAUACCGACUUAAUUUUAUGGAUGACAUCCUCUGAAGACCCCUAAACUAGUAUGCGCUGGCGAAUAAAAUAAAAA